UCGCUUCCUGGACUUCCGAGGCUGUGCAGUCCGCGGGGAUGCACAUACAGUUUUAACGUAAAACAGGAAACUUGUGAAUAUUCAUUUUUCAGCCCAGUGACAGGACGUGUCGUGACGCAGCAAAGGACCAAAGCGGUCAAUGUCCGGUCUAGUUACUGUCAAUGAAACAUGGCGUCCGCUACAGGACCAGGACCAAAGAUCUGUCUUUUGGCUCAUUUGAUGAUUUUUGCUUGGUAUUUAUUUACGCUGUGGACUAACUGCUCUCUGGUAUCCUCGGACAGACAUCCUGGUGUGCGAUCAUAUGGAGGGCGCUGGAAAUAUUUGACGUUUAUUAAUCUGGUUAUGCAGACGAUAUUUUUUGGAUUAGCUGCAGCAGUGGAUGUAAUUCAUAUGGUUCUACCAGUAAAACAGACUCGCAGUGGAGCGCCACGAAUCCUCGCGGAAGCCAGAGACUUUUACUUUACUGCUCUGUCUUUCCCUAUUUGCACUUUCGUGUUUGCUUCUUUCUGGACACUCUAUAUUUACAACCGAGAGAUGGUGUAUCCCAAAUUCUUAGAUGAUAUCAUUCCUGUCUGGCUGAAUCAUGCAUUGCACACAGUAAUCAUGCCUUUGCUGCUGGUGCAGAUGUUCCUUCAGAAUAACAAGUACCCCAGUCGUUUAAAAGGGAUUGUUGUUCUGGCUUUAUUUGUUGUCCUGUAUUUGUUAUGGGUAUUGUGGGUGCACCAUGUUUCCGACAUUUGGGUGUAUCCCAUCAUGGCUCACUUAGGUCCCGGUGGUUUGUGUCUUUUCCUUGGCGGUGCCUCCCUUACCGUGGUUCCUCUUUACCUGUUAGGAGAGAAGCUCAACCAUAUGAUCUGGAGCUCAGCAGGGGACCAUCAGAAGAGGAAGAAGAAGAAAAAGUAGUAAAGAUCACCUGGAUGAGAACGACCAACAUUAAUACCAGCUGUAAAAACACUUAUAGGGAAAUUUAUAAGGUUAGGUGUUUUCUUUACAAAAAUUGCUUAAUUAUUUAAUUAGCAGACUUUAACUUCCAUAUAUACAAUUUGUAUACACUUAUUAUACUGGAUAUUUAAUUGAGGUUUUUAAUCAAAUUAACUGACCGAUUAUAAACUGUUAAAUUACAAGAGCUGAACUUACCAAGUUUUGUUUUUUAUUUUCUUUGACACCUGUGAAAUCUUAGAUGCUGUAAUAUACUAGAAAACUGUUGUGUUCAAUAGUUAAUGGCCAGUUAAUGAGUCUUUUUGCUUUUCUAUUAAUAAUUUAUCAUUGUACAACAAUUUGGUGUUUACAGUUUCUGAAAAGGGAACCAUUUCAUUCAUUGAAUAAACUUAUUUUUUAAUGAUCACAUAAUAUGUUUGAGAGAUACUUUAAUGACAAACUUUAACCUGUGUGAAUUUGGGUAAUCUCAUAAAUUACUUUCUGGCUUUGCUGAGAAUUGAAUAGUUUAUCAUAUACAUGCCUCUAUGUUAUACCAUAGUCAGUCCAAUUCCUCAAUGCAACAGAGAUUUUAUUGACAUCCAGAUAAUGGCUUUGCAUUAAUUGUAACACUAACAUCCGUUCUGAGCUCUUCAGUCACCAUAGUCCCAUUAUAUGAAUUAUGCAAAUGAUUACUUCGUCUACAAGAUGGAGUAAAAUACAGUGGUUUGAUUAUUGAAUUUGAUUUCAUCACUUGUGUAAUACACUGUUAAUAAUACUGUUAAAAAAAAUAAAGUUCUCCUCAAUGUCGGUCAGGGUUAUUCUUUUUUGUUUAAACAGUGUUUAUAAUCGUAUUAUUUUUUUUCUGUCUAUGAA